GCCGAUGAUACUGAGGGGAGAAUGAAUGGUCAUGUAAAGAGUAUGCAUUUUCAACAAUUCAUGCAACCAGCAACAACGUUACUCUCUCUCCUGCUGGUUAUGGCUGUUGAUUCAACAAGAACUGUGGCAGCAAGCAGAAACCAGCAGUGUGGGAAUUCACUGCAACAGACUUUGAAGCUAACCAGACUCAUACAGAAGGAAUCUGUUGACCUAAUCAAAACAUAUAAAGCCUCUCAAGGAGAAAUGUCAGAGCUCUUUUGCAAGGUGUCAGUCAACAACGUCCCUGACCCCAACAUCUCCGGCCUUGAGCCAUCACAGAGGAUAGCGAGCAUCUACACACAUCUCCAAGCCUUCUUCCCACAUUUUAAACGGGUGUAUGAGCAGCAGACAGACUUACAGUUACCCACAAGCCCAUUGCUGACCAAGCUCACGGCCGUCAGUGCUGGCAGCAGGAACCUGGCAGAUCGCAUUAAAAGCUUUUAUCAGAGCCUCUUCCCGAACCUGCCGGAACCGGAGCCAGCAGGGGGGCCGACAACACUACCUCCACCCCAGAAUGUCUUCCAGCAGAAGGUCUACGGCUGUGUGGUCCUGAAGACCUACAAGGAGCUCCUGUCAAAUAUUUCCCGAGAACUGAGGACUCUACAAAAACAAAGUGUGCAGAAGGACACAAAAAAACACACUCUUUUUCUGAGGAUGACCUCAUGGCCUUAGACAGUCAGUUUUCAACAAUAAAGAUUUAAACAUAUGUGUGAGUAUGAAGGUGGCUGGUACAUCAGUGAAAUUAUUUAUGGUAUUUAAUAUUUAUUUUCUUGUGUGUUUCUGAUAAGACGAGUGCUGUCAAAAGAGGGUAAAGGGGCCCUAUGGAAGUCAUGUAUAUUUAAUUUGUCUAAUAUGUUAUGUAAGGUUCUACUUUGCUGAUGUAAACUUAUUUGGUGUAUAAAAUUAUUAAAAUAUACUUUGCAUCUGUA